AUGGUUAUUCCGGAACUUGCUGCUCUUUUAACAGUUCUUCCAGCCGGUUUAGUGGCUUUUUAUGUGUGGCUUCUUAAAUCUCGUAAAGGUAGUUUACCUAUCACCAAUGAUGAAUGUGCUUUUGACAAAAAUAAAUAUGGUCAUAUUCUUAAUUUUGAUAAAUACUGCCUCUACAUUCAUGAAAAACCAACUUUAAUUAUAAGUGGUGAAUUUCAUUAUUUUCGUAUUCCGGAUAAAUCUCGUUGGGAGAGUAUUUUAAAAAAAUAUCGAGCUGGAGGGUUUAAUUGUGUACGACUUUAUUUUCAUUGGGGUUAUCAUAGUCCUGAUGAAGGAAUUUAUAAUUUUGAUGAUAAUAGAGAUAUUGAUUAUUUAUUAAAUUUAUGUGAAAAUUUAAAUCUUUACGUUCUUGCUGCUCCUGGUCCUUAUAUUUGUACUGAAACUCAAGCUGGUGGUUUUCCUUUCUGGGUUUUAGAAAAAGUUAAAAGAGUACGUCAUAUGUUAUAUACUGGAUUUAAAAAAUAUGAUCCGGAAUUUUCUGCUUAUCAAAAACAAUGGUUCGAGAAAAUUCUUCCUAUUAUAGCUAAACAUCAAAUAACUGAAAAACAAGGUGGUUGUGUUAUUGCUGUUCAAAUUGAAAAUGAAUUAUUUGAAAAGGUUAUAAAUAUUCCUUUCGGUUUACACGAUGAGAUGAAGUUCUUAUGUAAAGUAGCUAGAGAUUGUGAAAUUAAUGUACCACUAUUUACGAAUGAUCCAAAUGAAGUAGGUUCUUUUAUUAUUAAACCUUCGUCUAAUUUCCUUAAUCGUGGAAGUUUUGGUCUGGAUCUUUAUGGAUUUGAUAAAUACUUUGUAUUUGUCCCCGCUAGUAGUCCGACCCCAUGGGCAUUUAACGUAGUUCAAGAUCCAAAAAAAUGGAAACCUUGGAAACCGAAAGAUGUAGCAAAUGCUUUGGACGUAAUUGAGAAAACAACACGUAGUUAUGGACCUGAAGCUGCAAACACUCCAAUAUUUAUUCCGGAACUUCAAGGUGGUUGGUUCACUACUUAUAAAUUACAACAUACUUUUGAUGAUGUCUAUAAUUAUUACGGUGGUGCUUUUACGCGUACCGCGUACGAGUCCGUGCUAGCUCAGGGUUGUACCAUGGCAUCAAUCUAUAUGGUAUAUGGCGGAACAAACUGGGGAACCUUAGGCGAUCUUGACGGCUACACAUCUUACGAUUAUUCUGCAUGUGUUCGAGAAUACGGUUAUAUGUCUUCCCGUAUACGUGAAUUACGUUUAGGAAUUCAUUUUAUAAGAAGUUUUUCAGAUUUAUUCACUAAAACUGAGCGUGUUAAAAAUCCAAAUAUUUCAACUUCUAUAAAGAAUGUUUUCAAUCUUCAAAGACAAUCAGUGAUGAAAAAUGUAAAACGUGGUGAUGAAGUUUUAUUCUCAUUCUUUCGUAAUUUUAACGAUCAAAAACUUCCUAUAUUUCAAGUAUUUGUUAAAUAUAAGGAAGGUCAAAGACGUGAACAAAAAUUUUCAAUGAAUUGUUUUUUACAAUAUAAAACUUCUUUUAUAGCUUUAGGUAAUUAUAUAACAAUAACAGGUCUUAAAUUAAUUUUUUCUACUUUACCUAUUUAUUUAAGAAUAAUUCAAAAUCAAGUAAAUGAGAUUUGGAUAGUUCCAGUAAAUGAUGUUGGUGAAUUGGCUUUUCAAGGUGAAGUCACUAUAGAUGGAAAUCUUGGUUCUUCUAUAAGAAAAGUUGGUCAUGCUAUUCAUAUUGUAUCUUUCAAUGGUGUUGGAGGUUUCGCAAGAAUUAGAAAUGCCGAUUCUAAAGGAGAUUUAUAUAUUUUGGCUUUACGUAACGAAUCUUUAAAUGUUUAUUUUGAUCCUUUAAAUUCCGUGUUGGAAACUCAAUAUGGUGAUCAAGAACAUGAUAUAACAAUUUUAUUUUCUCGUGAACCUUCAAAACACGUUCGUUUUCAAUCUCAUCCAACUUAUCCAUUACCUUUUGUUUAUAAAAAACAAUUUACUGCUGGUGAAAAAACUUCUGAAGUACAUUUGGUACCUAAGUUAUUAAGAUGGAGAUAUCGUACUACGGAUUUUAAUGAUUUAGAUUGGAGAAAAAUUGAUCUUAAGAAUGGUGGUCCAAUUGAAAAUUAUUACGCUUCAGGUCAUAUUUUAUAUAAUGCUAGAUUUUCGAGUAAUUAUUCAUCUAGUAAAGUAAAUUUAUCUAUUAACAUGAGACAUAGAUGUACUAUAUUUGUUAAUGGUAGAUUCGUUGGUGGUCAUACAACAUAUUCAAGACAACUUUUCUUUCCUGGAUCAAAAUUUGGUCCUGAAUUAUUUAAAUAUUUAGGAGGUGAAAAAUACGAUAUAACUCAAUUUCUUCAUCCAAAUGGUGAUGAAGAAAAAAAUUCGUUAGUAAUUUUAGUAGAAAAUUGGGGAAUAAGUCGACAAUCUGUAAUAUUUAAUGAUGUAAGAAAUCCUAGAGGAAUAAUUUCGGCAAAUAUUGAUGGAUUAGUUAAAGAAACUAAAUUAAAUUGGAGUAUUUGUGGUGUUGAUUUACGUAAAUUAGAUAAUCCUUUUAAUACUAGUGGAAUACCUGAUGAACAUAAAAAUUUUGAUUGGAAAGAAAGUGAAAAAGGAAUUAAUGGUUAUGGUGUUAUACCUAACGAUGGAAUAAAAUGGUGGAGUUUUAGAUUUUCUCAUCCUUUAGAAAGUAAAUUUAAAGAUAUAUUAAAUGCUCCUUUAAGAUUAGUACUUUAUGGUUCAUUUACUUCUUAUAUAUUUUUAAAUGAUACAUUAAUUGGAAGGUAUUACGGGAAUGGUGAUUGUGCUCAACAUGAUUAUUAUUUAAUGGAUGGAUUAUUAAAAUUUGGUGAUGAAGAAAAUCAAAUUACUAUGAUGGUAUAUUCAUGGGAAACCGUUAAUCCCGAAGAAAUUAUUGUUGAAAUUAGAGGUUGGGAAAUUGAUGAUGUCAAAAAAACUGGAAAUUUAAUUAAACCUAAAAAAGGGGUAGACGAAGAUAUUGACGAAGUUAAACCUUGGAUUGUUAGAAAAGAACAUAUUCCUUUAACAUGA